AUGGUCAGUUCGACCACCCAGAAGAUUUUAUUGGUCCUCUCGAUCUUGCUAAUCUUAUUGGGCCUGGGGCUGACAAUUGCUGGAGCUUUCAGCCCAGCCUGGCAAGUUGUGGAUAUCCGGGAAUUCAGAGCAGAACAUCAGGUAAAUAUACAUUUUAUUUGUUUACAUAACGGUAUUUGCAUAAAGCAAUUACUUUGCAAUGGUGCAUGCUGUGUUAGUAAUAAUAUCUCCGUCUAGCAUGGUCUUUGGUGGGAUUGUAUUCGCGCUGAACGCCAUGUUGUUGCCGUGGGCGACUUCUAUGAUGAGACUCCACUCCAUUGCAUGUAUAAAUUCGAUCAGUCAGCUGAACUGGUCAUUGAUAACACACUUAACAACAUCGAUGAAGAUGGUGCAGCUGGAGAAUCAGAACAUCACAGAUUCUGGAUCUGGCACAAGAUUAUCCUUUUCUUCAUUAUUUUCAGCCAACUUCUGGCUUCAAUCUCGAUCUGUACGGGUGCUUGUGCUCCCUGUUUCAGGCCAACCACGUUCGUCUUUACAAUUUCCUUGUUUGUUGCAUGUAAGUGUAAUCCUAAUUGUUGGGUUAUUGAUGUUGGGAAUACAGACAUUUAAAAAUGAUGACUUUUCAGUAUUAUGUUCCGUGAUUGCUGAUGGAGUUUUCUUCUUAGCCGCUAAUCGAGUGGAUAAUCGUUUUGUUCAAGGAAUGGUUGGUACUUAUGAACAACAGAUCGGAUACGCCUUCUACGUCCACUUGCUAGGUACCCUCUGUUGGGGUGGUGCUUUCCUGUGUGCCUUGUUGACCACCUACAAGUUCUUUUCAUCCAACGGCCAAAGGUGAGUGCCCAAUUUAUCCUGGUGCCGAUGGUGUCUGUGUGUUGUCGCUUCUCGCAAUAGAUCAAACAGUCAUUAUAUAUACCUUGUUUUAUGAGGUUAAGAGAUGACGAGUUUGUUUAUGCACCUUUGAUACAGCUUCCGAGCUCACACCGCUUGCGCACCGACUGUAACUCUUCUCCGCCUAACACAAUUAUUGUUUGACUUUGACUGAGAUCGCAUUUAAGACGGCUCUUUGAACGCGACGAUGACCUCCGUUUGUCGGAUACGGUAAAACUUCGGAGUGAUUGGCCAUCACAAAAUUUUGGACAGAGCACAUUCAUUCCGGGCCAGAGAAACUUCCAUCUCCCGUCGAACACUCAAGUCUGAAAAGGUCAGAGUUCUUCUUCCAGAUGCUCGGGAUGCACGUCACGGUCGUAUUUUCGUCUGGCCUUACCGAAAGCCUUGUGACGUGGUUCCUGAAUACUCUUUUCAUAUGCUUAUUUUCCUCUAUGCUUGACCGCCGUUCUCGGAAUACUGACCGUUCUUGUCUUCAGGGACGAAACCUCCUUCCACGACCCUCGUUUCGAACACCAUGACCCUCUUCUGGAUGUCCAUCGGACUGGUUAUCGACCUCCAUACCGUCCCUAUCGCGAGACCAGUGCAUGA